CAAACGACAGUUAUUAAAACGUUAAUGUUAUUUAAUAUAAAAUAUUAAUUUAAUUAAAUGGAUUUAUAAAAAUAUACAAUACGGAAAAAUACUAAACGGUUAUUUAAACGGGUUUAAAGCGGUUUUCACGAGUUUUAUUUCAAAACUGUAUAAAUAAAUUCAUUAACGAUUACCUGUGUGGAAAGUUUUUGUAUAAGAAAAUUAAAAAAAAAUAAAUAAAUUUAUAAUAAAUAAAUAAAUAUUAAAAAACUCAAUUACAAAUAAAAAUGUUGUUAACAAAUAAAUUGUGGUGUCUAUUUUUAAUCUUAAGCAUAACAAAAGUAUGCCAUGGCCAGCUGAUGUGUUAUGUCUGUGAAAAUUGUGCCCAAGUCACCGUAGAAACACCACAAGUUGAAUGUAAUGAAGAUUAUUUUAAUACUGGCGGAUCAACAGAUUCAUCCGUACAGACGACGACAGAAAUGCCAAAAGACAUCCCCAGGUAUAACAGAAGACAGUGACGCCUCAACAAAAGAAGAUACAACCCCCACAACUGUAACAACAGAAGAGCCAACAACACCAACAACUACAACAACUGAAACGACUACUGAAUUGACAACUGAAACUACCACAGAAUUAACAACAGAAUCUACAUCCGAAGAAAUUGUGGAAACUUCACAUGGACCUACAACUUCUACAGAGGCGCAACCACCAACACCGCCUACAGUUGGACCACCUAUGACUACCACAGGUAUACCAACACCACCCAAUCCAGGCACUAUUAAGCCCCUAGAUGAUGUAGAAAGUUUGAACAAUCAUAGUUUGGCACAUGAACAAAACGUCGACAAGGAUGAAGUUGAAAGCGUUGAAGUUGAACAUGCCACCACUAAAGCCUAUAAACCAUCAGCCGAGUUUAGAGUACGUCAAUUGAGAUCAGUCAGUGAUGUAACCUAUCAUUGUUAUAAAGUCCAUGCCACAACAGUAAAUGGCACCACGGUGGUCAAUCGUGGCUGUUCUCGUGUUCACACCAUGGAAUCCGUCUGUGGUCAAUGGGAGAGCCCAGCAUCCUAAUGAACAAAUUAAUAAAUGUUAUCCCUGUUCUCGCACCCAAAUGUAAUGGAAGCUCUGCUCUCAAUGUUUCAACAACCGCUUUAAUUGUUGCUGUAGUGGCGGUGUUUAUAAGCCGGAAGUAAUCAAUUCCGUUUAUUCAUUAAGCAGAAUACAGGAAAUCUUUAGAUGAGGUUUUCAAACAUGUACUUAAAGGGCUUUAAAUAUCAAAGCUUUAUUACAAAGUAUUUAAACGGAUUUUUAGCAAACAAAUUAAAUACCAGCUCGUUUUUUGGCUUUCCAUAACCAUAUUAAAUUUUAAUGAACAAAAUUUGUAUUAAAAACCUACUUAUUUAAAAAAAGGUAUGAUCCCAAAACCAAAAAUAUUUAUUUCACCAAAAAAAUCAGAAGUAUUUAUUGUUAUUUGUUAUGAAAUCCUUCCAUUUAAACAAACAAACGAGACAAAAAUUAUGUAUGAAGCCAUUAUACAAACAAAACUAUUCGAAUUAUUUAUUUUUUACUUAAAAAUUGUUUUUUUUUAUUAUAGUUACAUUUAGUUCUAUUUCAUAAGUUUAUCAUUAAUCUAAGUAUAAAUUUUAUUGCAUCUUUGAAAAUGUGUAAAAAUAAAUGUUUUAGAAAAUUUAC